AUGAACUUGACCAUAGAGCAGAUCAAAAAUAUUGCUCUUACUGAGAUCAAAAAUCAUUUGCUCAGCAAUGGUCGUAGCCUCAAGAAAUGGCCCCACAUGCCAAAGCCAGAAGAUUUUGGCUCUUACAAUGGCAAUCGCCUUAUAGAUGAUGAGCUUAAAUAUGUUGUGGAAGAUCAGCUAAAGGAAAAUGAAAGACUUAUGGCGAUGAUAACAGAUGAGCAAAGAGGGGUAUACGAACAGAUUCUGGAUGCAGUUUUAACUGAUAGCGGUGGAGUGUUCUUUCUUUAUGGUUAUGGAGGCACAAGAAAAACCUUCGUAUACAGAGCACUCUCAUCAGCGAUCCGAUCUAGAGGUAUGAUUGUUCUAAAUUCUGCAUCAAGUGGAAUUGCAGCAUUGUUGUUGGAAGGAGGUGGAACCGCACAUUCUAGGUUUGGUAUUCCGAUAGAUGCAGACGAAUUCAGUACUUGCAAGAAAAUGGAGCCAGGAUCAGAUCGUGCAGAAUUAGUUAAAGCGGUAAAGUUAAUUGUAUGCGAUGAGGCGCCUAUGAUGAGCAUACACUGUUUCGAGACGUUGGAUCGUACAAUGCGUGAUAUUAUAAGAUCUUCUGAAGAAAAACCUUUUGGGGGUAAAGUUGUUGUUUUCGGUGGAGAUUUCAGACAGAUUUUACCGGUUAUACCUGGGUAG